CGAUAGAUCUUCUUCCGACCAUCCCUCUCGCCGGCGCAGGAUAUUCACCUCUUUGCGACCUUACCCUUUUCCGUCUCCAUCCCCUCCCAUCUAUUCACAAUGGCUCCCGUUGCUGCUGCCCGUGGUCGCAAGGCCCAGAAGACCACCCAGAAGUUCAUCAUCAACGCUUCGCAGCCCGCUAGCGACAAGAUCUUCGAUGUCUCUGCCUUCGAGAAGUUCCUCCACGACCGCAUCAAGGUCGAGGGCCGUGUCGGCAACCUUGGCGAGAACGUCGUUAUCAACUCUAUUGGUGACGGCAAGGUCGAGGUUGUUGCUCACAUCCCCUUCUCCGGUCGCUACCUGAAGUACCUGACCAAGAAGUACCUCAAGAAGCAGCAGCUCCGUGACUGGCUCCGUGUCGUCUCUACCUCCAAGGGUGUCUACGAGCUCCGCUUCUACAACGUCGUCAACGACGAGGCUGAGGAGGAUGAGGAGUAAAUUCUCCCUCUCUCGACUGACUCUUGACCUCAUUGUCGAUCGAUUCGGACUGGUAUAUGUGCAUUCCUUUUUGGCUUGGGAUUCUUGCCGGACAAAAGUGUGAGAGCCAUGGAAAGUUGGGUCGUGGAUUUGUGAGGGUAGAUUAGCACUUAAUUGCGCUAUGAAAUCAAAAAUUUUUAUACCCUUC